GGGCAAGCCUGGCACAGAGGGGCCCCCCGGGAAGAUGGGCCCCGUGGGGGUGCAGGGCCCCCCUGGCCGGCCUGGCUCAGAAGGUCUGCGCGGGAUCCCCGGUGCAGCCGGGGAGCAGGGCCUGCUGGGGGCCCCGGGGCAGGCAGGGCCGCCGGGCCCCACGGGCCCCCCAGGUUUGCCCGGCCUCAAGGGAGACCCCGGCUACAAGGGUGACAAGGGUCACGCCGGGCUCAUCGGGCUCAUCGGCCCCCCAGGGGAGAUGGGGGAGAAGGGCGACCAAGGGCUGCCUGGCAACCAGGGCGCUCCAGGGACCAAAGGAGACCCCGGCUUGGCUGGCCCCAUUGGCCCCCCAGGCCCCCCUGGAUCUCCUGGGCUUGCGGGGCCGCUGGGCCAGAAGGGCUCCAAGGGGUCGCCGGGAGCCCUGGGCCCCCGAGGAGACACAGGACCCCCAGGACCCCCAGGGCCACCGGGCCGCCCGGCGGAGCUGCGGGAGCCGCUGCCCGUGGAGGGGGGCCCGAAGAGGCGCCGCGAGGCGGAGGGGGAGCAGGGGGACCAGGCGGGGCCCCCCCACUCCGUGCCCGAGGGGCUGGAGGAGGUGUUCGCCUCGCUCAGCUCCCUGCGCACCGAGGUCGAGCAGCUGAGACGCCCCCUGGGCACCCCCGAGAGCCCAGCCCGCGUCUGCAAGGAGCUGCAGCUGUGUCACCCCCACUUCCCUGACGGCGAGUACUGGAUCGACCCCAACCAGGGCUGCGCUCGAGACGCCUUCAAGGUUUUCUGCAACUUCACGGCGGGUGGCGAGACCUGCCUGUUCCCAGACAAGAGAUUCCAGAGCGUCCGACCGGCUGCCUGGAGCAAGGAGAAGCCAGGGAGCUGGUACAGCAGCUUCAGGAGGGGCAAGAAGUUCUCCUACGUGGACGCGGACGGGAACCCGCUGAGCGUGACCCAAGUGACCUUCCUGCGGCUGCUGAGCGCCAGCGCCCGCCAGCACUUCACGCUCAGCUGCCAGGACUCAGCCGCCUGGUUCCACGCCGGGGCCGCCAGCUACGCCCUGGCCCUGCGCUUCCGUGGGGCCGACGGGCAGGAGCUGGGGCACAGCCGCCCCGCGGCCCCCGUCCACGCCCUGCAUGAUGGCUGCCAGCUGCGCCAGGGCCAGGCGCGCACGGUGCUGGAGGUGAGAUCGUCCCGCCCGGAGCAGCUGCCCCUGGCCGACGUGGCCGUGCCGGACUUUGGAGCCACCAACCAGAAAUUUGGCUUCGAGCUGGGCCCCGUCUGCUUCACAGGCUGAGGGUGCCGGCUGGAGCCCCUCCAGGGACGCUCCCGGGGCCAGGCUGCCCCUCACCGGGCAGAGAUCUCUGGGGAGCUGCUCUGGACUGCUGGGGGGCAGCUCUCCGGGCCAUGCUGACCCCCCCCACGGGUGACCCCUCCUUGCUGUCUCCAGGGCGCACUCAGGACUCAGACCCAUGCCCUGGACCCUGCCGCUGGCCCCCCCAGCCCAAGCACAGGGAGCCCCACGGGACGCCCAGCCCUAUUAAUGCUGCAGGCCCCCCCUUGGGCCGGUGCUGUGGGGCAGGCGGGUGGGCAACUCUUCGUGGCCUGAACAGGGAGCAGGGCACGGACGGAGCCCCCCAUGGUGCUAUGAUGCCCCCCUCGGAGCCUCUGUUAGCAACGCACUGGACACGUCUCUAGGCCGAGCAGCCCCCCCAGAAUGCCCAGCCGGGUGGGAUGGGCCCUGGGGCAAAGCAGCCCCCCCGAGACUGCAGAAUGCCCAGGCAAGGGGCCCGAUUGGGGGAUCCUGGCGCUGUCCCAUUGAACAGACCAGGGCAGGUGCCCCCCAGCAGGGAGAGGCCUGGGCAGCCCACCCUGCUGCCAAAGCCUCUGUCCGUCCGGGGCUGGGAGGGGCUGAGAGCUGAUGCCCCCCGGAGAUGCCUGUGGCUCAGGGCGGGGCUCCGGACACCCCCCUUGGCCUCCCCCAUGGGGUGUCGAUCCCGGCCGCUUGGCACGAGGGUGAAGCUGGAGCCCCUGGAGCCAUGGUACCAAGGACCCACGCCCGGUGGUAAUGGGGGCAAGGAUCCGGCACCCCCCACACAAGGCGACUCGGGGUGGAGCCCGAGGGCACUACUGGGGGGGUGUGAGACCCAGACCUUGCCCCCCCUCACCGGGCUCCCCACGUCUGUUCUUGCCGUCACUGCAUCUCAGCCGUGUGGUGCCAGCACGGAUACUGUACGAUAAACGAACCUGUAUGAAACCGCA